AUAGCUACUUCCGGCUCCGUUCAACUCGGGUCUGUUCUUCCGGUGGCGAUGGCUGCGGCCGUGGCUGGGGUGCUGCGAGGGGGUCUCCUACCCCAGGCGGGCUGGCUACCCACCCUGCAGACCGUGCGCCACGGCUCCAAGGCGGUGACCCGUCACUGGCGCGUCAUGCACCACCAGCGGCAGAAGCUGAUGGCCGUGACUGAGUACAUCCCGCCCCGGCCCGCUGUGAACCCGCGAUGCCUGCUGCCUCCCCCGAAGCCCCCCAAGGAGGAAUCAGGCCUCAUCCGGGUCCUCCGGCGGGAGAUAGCAGAGGUUUUCCGGCACCACCGCAUGAUAGCUGUCUGCCAGAACGUGGCCAUCAGCGCCGAGGACAAGCUUAUCCUGCGGCACCAGCUGCGCAGACACAGGAUCUUGGUGAAGGUCUUCCCUAACCAGGUCCUGAAGCCCUUUCUGGAGGAGUCCAGAUACAAAAGCCUGCUGCCCCUGUUUGUGGGACACAACAUGCUGUUGGUCAGCGAGGAGCCUAAGGUCAAGGAGAUGCUGCGGAUCCUGAAGACAGUGCCCUUCCUGCCACUGCUGGGUGGCUGCAUCGAUGACACCAUCCUGAGCAGGCAGGGCUUCCUGAACUACGCCAAGCUGCCCAGCCAGGCCCUGCUGCAGGGCCAGCUGAUCGGAGGGCUCGGCCUCCUGCUGGCCCAGACCCACACCCUGCUCCAACGCCAGCCUGUCCAGCUCACCGCCCUGUUGGAUCAGCACGUCCGACAGCAGCAGGAGGGGGACUCGGCCAGGCCCACCAGUGGGAAGCCGGCCCCGCCCGAGCCAGCUCUGGACUCCUAGUCGUCCUGUGCCUCCAGACCCCACCCCCAAACCCCACCCUGACUUGCGGGCCUCCAUUGGAGAUGCUGAGGAACUCGGGGUGGCACGUGUGACAUGGCUUCCAUCGGUAGCCACCUGCACAGUACAGGGGCACUCGACACAGCGGGGCUACCAGUCACUGUCCCGGUUUCCUAUGGGCCGUUCUCCGCCAUGAGGCUGGAGGGCUGCAAAUCUUGUCCUGACCAUCUCCCCUCACCUGCUGUCCUUUGUGGACAUCUUCCUGUCCUCUGGGGGACCAGGCAGCCACAGAAGCUCCGCUGAGCAAUGGCACAGAGUGGACCCAUGGGGAAGUGCCUCUGUGCUGAGCACCGCACAGUCAGCCCCUGGAUCCUCCCCGUGUUGUCCCUGUGUCACAGAGAUGCAAUGGGUGGACGCCCGAGGUCAUGCAGUCGGCAGAGGCAAGACAGGGACGCAAUCUUUGGUCCUGAAUCAGGGCCACCUGCACGGUCGGUCCCAGGUGGCUUGGGGCCCUGUGGCGGGUGGGGCCCUAUGAUAAACACUGUUGUAUG